GACAGCUAUGCAUAAUUGCGUCAUGACGCAGUGUUUUGAGGGGAUUGCAGUUCGAGCCUGGGGAAGUGAGAAGCGGUGACUUGCUUAUGUUUCAUUAGUCUGCACAAUGAACUCAAUGCAAUGGGAUUUUCCUUUGGAGCUUUGUUGCCGGCCUAUGGCCUUUGUAGCUCUCACAGGCCUUGAUGUGACUUAUAAUGCCGUACAUCGAGCUAUUUGGGAUGCAUUUUGUGCUAACAGACGGGCUGACAGAGUCCCUAUAUCGUUUAAAGUACUUCCUGGAGAUCAUGAAUACCCGAAAUGCAGACAAAAGAGGACUUCUUAUGAGUGGUACAUUCCAAAAGGAAUCCUUAAAACUGGCUGGAUGAACAAACAUCUAAACCUUGUUCCUGCACUGGUAGUAGUAUUCUAUGAACUGGACUGGGAUGAAGCUCAGUGGAAGGAGAAACAGUCAGAGUGUGCUACCAGAGUAGAAAUUGUCAGGCAAAGUUUACAGGGAAGAAACACAAAGGUUGCUGUUGUACUGAUACAGAAGAAAACUCCCUUACCUCCAGGUGAGGACUUAAUUGCUUCAGAGAGAGCAGCGGCACUGUGCAAUGCCUGUGACUUGUCAGGAAAGUCUUUGUUUGUGCUACCACAUACUGAUCAUCUCGUGGGAUACAUUAUCAGGUUAGAGAAUGCUUUUUAUGAGCAUGCACAGACAUAUUAUUACACGGAGAUCCGGAGAGUUAAAUCUCACAAAGAAUUCUUGAACAAGACAACUCAUCAGCUUUUAUUUGUGAGACAUCAAUUCAAAACGGCUUUCUUCAGCGAAUUGAAACAGGACACACAAAAUGCAUUAAAGAACUACAGAACGGCCUAUAACCUUGUACAUGAACUGAGAGCCCAUGAGACCAACAUGCUUGAAAUCAAGACCAUGGCUGGAUUCAUCAACUAUAAGAUUUGUCGUUUAUGUUUCCAACACAAUGCUCCAUUGGAUGCCAUCGCGCAGUUUCGUAAGCAUGUGGAUUUAUGCAAAAAGAAGAUAGGAAGUGCAGAACUGGCAUUUGAACACACAGCCUGGAUGUCUAAACAAUUUCAAGCAUUUGGAGAUUUGUUUGAUGAAGCCAUUAAACUUGGCCUCACAGCAAUUCAGACCCAGAACCCUGGCUUCUAUUACCAGCAGGCGGCAUACUAUGCACAAGAACGCAAACAACUGGCGAAUCAUCUCUGCAAUCAUGAUUCCUCUACCACCUAUCCUAGUCCUGACCCGUUGGAGACGCCUGCUGGAGUGUUGGACUUUUUUGGGCAAAGACCUUGGAGGCAAAGUCACCAAAGUAUUGAACCACCAGAUCCUGAGAAAGAGAAAGUUGGCAUCCUGGCCCUUCAGCUCAAAGAAAGAGAUGUUGACCACUCUGAAUUGAUAAUUACCCUCCUGAGCAAUGCAGUGGCUCAAUUCAAGAAAUAUAAGUGUCCUCGAAUGAAGAGCCAUUUGAUGGUUCAAAUGGGAGAGGAGUAUUAUUAUGCCAAAGACUACAGCAAAGCGUUGAAGUUGCUGGAUUAUGUGAUGUGUGAUUACCGCAGUGAACGCUGGUGGAAGCUGCUUACCUUUAUUCUGACCACUGCACUCAAAUGUGCUUACCUGAUGGGUCAAAUCAAAGAUUACAUCACCUACUCCCUGGAGCUACUUGGGAGGUCUUCCACACUGAGUGAUGAGCAGAAAUCUCGUAUAGAGAAGAAUUUGAUAAAAGUGUUGAUGAAUGAGAGCCCUGCACCAGAACCUGAUUGUGACUCCAAGGCCAUCAAAGCUGCUCAAAAGGUGUGGACAGAUCGUAUUUCUUUAGCUGGAAGUAACAUAUUUACUAUCGAGAUGCAAGAUUAUGUGCCAUUUGUUGAAUGUAAAGCCCGCUUCCUGGCUCCAAGUUUCCACGUUGAUGUCCCCGUGCAACUCCAUGUGUACCUCCGAGCUGACUGCCCUCAUCCAUUCAGAUUUACAAAGCUCUGUGUCUGUUUUAACAACCAGGAGUAUAACCAGCACUGUGUAGUAGAAGAAACGUACCAAACAUCUGACAUCUUAGAAGCUUCAUCACAGGGGACCAUGUGCUUAGUCCCUGGCAAAACCAGGAAGUAUGUGUUCAAGUUUGUUGCCAGGACUGAAGAUGUUGGAAAGAAAGUGGAGAUAACUUCUGUAGACCUGGUCCUCGGUAGUGAUAGUGGCAGGUGUGUGAUACUUAACUGGAGGGGUGGAGGAGGAGAUGCUGCAUCGUGCCAGGAGGCCUUGCAGGCCACUCGAUCCUUUAGACGACGACCAAAGAUGCCUGACAAUGAAGUAUGCUGGGACAAUGUGACAAUACAGGCAAGCACCAUGGUGAUUUCUCGAGUUCCAAGAAUAUUGGUGCAGCUGCAACAUGAACCCCCUGCAUUAACCAAUGAAAUGUAUUGCUUAGCAGUCACUGUUCAGUCACAAGAAGCUACCAUUGCAAGAGAUGUCAAGCUCACAGCAGGUUUAAAACCAGGCCAGGAUGCCAACCUCACUCAAACAACUCACGUCACCCUUGAUGGUACCGAGAUGUGUGAUGAUUCUCAUCCUGCUUUGCUUCCUGAUAUUCCCAUUGGAGACUUGCACCCAGGGGAAAUGGUGGAGAAACCUCUGCACAUCCGAUGUGGGCAAGUUGGAUCGAGAAUUUUUUUGGUUCAUGUUUCUUAUGCUGUUACUACUGUCGUUGAAGGCAAAGAGAUCGUUUGCAAAUGCCACAAGGAUGAGACCAUCACUAUUGAAACGGUUGUGCCAUUUGAUGUUGCGGCAAAAUUUGUUUCUACAAAGUUUGAACACAUGGAUCGGGUGUAUGCAGACAUUCCAUUUCUUUUGAUGAUGGACAUCCUGAGUGCAUCUCCAUGGUCACUCACUAUAGUAAACAGCAAGCUGGAACUUGCACAUUCCAUGACUUCAGUUGACCAGAUGGAGUCACAGCUAGCACAAGUGAUUUUACAGACAGGAGAAAGUGCCAGUGAGUGCUUCUGCUUGCAGUGUCCACCAGCACCUACUAAUCAGAGUGGAGUUGCCUCAGGUCGUUAUAUAAUCUCCUGGAAAAGGACCUCCGCUGCUGAAAGUAUACCUGUUGUCAACACGGUGAUUACGUUGCCCCAUGUGAUCGUGGAGGCAAUUCCGCUCUAUGUUCAUGCAGAUCUUCCAUCAUUUGGUAGAGUUCGUGAGUCUUUGCCAGUCAAAUAUUGGUUGCAAAAUAGGACCAAAUUAGUGCAGGAUGUGGAGAUUUUUGUGGAGCCCAAUGAUGCAUUCAUGUUUUCUGGACUUAAACAGGUCCGGUUGCGAAUUCUGCCUGACACUGAACAAGAGUUAUUGUACAACUUCUAUCCACUCAUGGCUGGGUAUCAACAACUGCCAGGUCUCAACAUAAGCUUGUCACGGUUUCCCGCAGUCUCCACCCAGCUGCUGCGCAGAUUCCUUCCCACACACAUUUUUGUGAAGCCACAGGGUCGGCAAGCGGAUGAAGUAAUUGUUGUAGCUGCUUGAUGGAGAAGUUAUCUUGUGGAAGAAAAGUCAAACUUGUGGCUAGAAAGGAAAAGAAUAAAAUCAUCACCCUUAUUCAUGGGUGUAUAAAAUGAACUGGCUAUGUGAACUAGAGCUGCAGCAUUUACAACAGUUAAAUGUUUCUUAAUUGCUGUACAUUUGCAUGUAAUUGGCCAGGGAGGUGUAAAAGCUUAACAUUUCUAGAUGUUGAAAUUAGUGUUCUGUAAACACCAGUAGGUUGAUAAUGAACUAAGAAUUAUUAAGAUUGUUACAUGAUUUCUAUGAGCUUUGUAUUGUUAAAGUUCAAAGUGAUACGAUCUUUGUUUAGAAUAUGUGCUAUUGUAAAUUUUCCAUUUAUGUUAUCUUGCAGCCUUGAUGUUUGGGAGAAGCUGCUACAAAAUAUUUCAGUAAAUCAUGUAUGAGCAUGA